AAACAAGGAGGAAGAGGGAGGCCGGCUUGUGGAUACAUAGUAGCCCAUCCUCUUCCAGAGACAGAGGCUGAUGGAAGGGGAGAAAGAGGAGGAGGAAGAGGGGAGCUGCUUAACUCUUUCUGCUCUGCCUUCCCUUGGGUGGGUGUCUCCUUCUUUGCAGUUACAGCAGUGCAUGGUGUCCUCACUCUGGCAAGUUGCUGCUGCUGGAGAGUCUGUCCAAAGAAAGGAAAACGAUCCUGUGGCCAUGUUGGAGGCAACGUUGGAUUGUGGAUUAAAGAUGGAGCAACACAACAAGGCUUGCUCUGAUGUCGGCAUAGGUCUGCAUAUCAUUCAGGUUGGGAGUAGCAGGGAAUUCUGGGAAAGAACUGUGCCAAAAGCCUCGGAUGACAACACAAGUCCCACAGAUAUACAGCGCCAGCGUUUCAGGCAGUUCCGUUACCAGGAGGCCAAGGGACCAAGAGAGGUCUGCAGCCGACUCCACGUUCUCUGCCGCCAGUGGCUGAAGCCGGAGCGACACACGAAGAACCACAUCUUGGAUUUGGUGAUACUGGAGCAGUUCCUAGCCAUCCUCCCCCAAGAAAUGGAGAGCUGGGUGAGAGAAAGUGGAGCAGAAACCAGUUCCCAGGCCGUGGCCCUGGCAGAAUGUUUCCUUUUGAGUCAGGCAGAGGAGAAGAAGCAGGAAUUGGAAAAGGAAGUAAAGCAGGAGCCAGACACAUUUGUGUCCACUGAUCUGCCAGAGCCAGAGAAGCUUCAUUGUAUGCCGAUGAUAUCGUCCCUUUGUAGCAGUGGAUCGGAAACGGCUUCUGAACUGAUGGAUCAGGACCUGAGGCCAUGCAAGGAGGAAAGUGUGCACUUCAAUGAGGAGGAAUGGGGCCACUUGAAUCUGGACCAAGGGGCCCACCGUGGGGAAGUCAUGGAGGAAAAAUCGGGGAGCACAGCCUCUCUGGGUACAGAUAGAAAGGAGAAAGCAAGCAAAGAGCCCCAUAGGACGGUGUUGGAAGGGUGCAGAAACACAAGGCGAGAAGACAAGAGCACUAAAAUUGAAGCCAAAGAGCAAAAGAGGGACCCAACGCCUGCUGCUCCGAGUGGCAUUAUCUCAGGAAGCUCCAUCAGGCAAAAACCAGUAAAGGAAAGGAAGGGAGUUGGUGCCUCGUGUGUGGGAAGAGCUUCAGUAGUAAAUCCAGCCUCAAUCUUCACAUGGAUCCACACUGGGGAGAAACCUUACGUGUGCUUGGAGUGCGGGAAGAGUUUCAGCCAAAAGAUCACCCUCACUUUCCACCGAGGAAGCCACACGGGGGAGAAGCCACACAAGUGCCCAGAGUGUGGCAAAACGUACAGCCGGAAGUCCUACCUGACUCGACACCAGCGCAACCAUACGAGGGGGAAACCUUACAAAUGCUUGAAAUGUGGGAAGUGUUUUAGCCACAGCCAGAACCUCCAUUCGCACCAGAGAAUCCACCAAGGGGAGAAACCCUACAAAUGCCUGGAGUGCGGAAAGAGCUUCAACCAGAAGACCAACCUCACUAGGCAUCGAAGAACCCACCUAGCAGAGAAACUUUCAGAGCAGCUCAAGGCUCUCCAUCUGCAGGGGAGGAAGGAGAAGAGAGGAAUGAUGCUGGGAAGGAGAAGGGGGGGGGAUAAUAGGACAUGUGAUCUCCCCCUAUGUCUGGAGUGGGUGACGACAGGAGGUGGGUCCUUGGAGAGGGAGGAGACUUUCUGGAGGAGCUUCCUUCCUGCUUGCUGGGCUUCACCCCCCACCCCACAAUUGCUUUGGGGGAGAAGAGAGGAGGGAAGGAAGGGGCCCUUUGGCUGGAAGGAUACUGAUCACGGACCAAAGAUGGACCAGGAAGACCCAAAGGAGGUCAUGGAGGAGAAUUCUGCGAUGGUCAGCUCAUCUGAGCGAGAUCUUCCCAAUCAUCAAGAAAGUUUUGUAGACCAAGGGCCAAAGACAGAAGAGGAAGACGAAAACGAAUCCAUAGAAGAGAUUGUGGUGCCAGCGGUAGUGAAAUCAUUUACCUGCUUGGAAUGUGGAAAGAGCUUCCGUGAGCGCCCGAGUUGGACCUCGCAUCAAAGAAUCCACACGGGCGAAAAACCGUAUAAAUGCCCCGUCUGUGGGAAGUGCUUCCGUACCAGCAGGAACCUCCGCUUCCACCAACGAAUCCACACUGACGAAAAACCAUUUAAGUGUCCUGAAUGCGGCAAGGGCUUCCGUACCAGCAAAGCCCUCAGUGUCCAUCAGCGAACUCACACGGGAGAGAAACCCUUUAAAUGCUUGGAGUGCGGAAAGUGCUUCAGCCAGAAGACCAAUCUCACUUGUCAUCAAAGGACUCACACCGGAGAGAAGCCACACAAGUGCUCCGAGUGUGGCAAGAGCUUCCACCAGAAGACUAAUCUUACUUACCAUCAACGAAUCCACACAGGGGAAAAACCAUAUCAGUGUUCAGAGUGUGGGAAAAGGUUUGGCCACAUUGUGAGUCUCACCGACCACCAGCGGCUUCACACAGGAGAAAAACCUUACAAGUGUUUGGUGUGCGGAAAGGAUUUCACAACGAGCAAAUAUCUGAGUUAUCAUCAAAGAAUCCACACUGGAGAGAAACCGUUCAAAUGUUUGGAGUGUGGCGAAAGCUUCUGUUGGGCCAACUCCCUUACUUUACACCAACGGCUUCACACAGGUGAGAAACCCUAUAAAUGCUUAGAGUGUGGGAAGAGCUUUUGCGAGAGCACCAGCCUUACUUCGCAUCAAGCCAUCCAUACCGGGGCCAAACCUUAUCAGUGUCUCAAGUGUGGCAAAAGCUUGAGCAGUAAAAAAUCCCUGACCUCCCACCAGCGCAUUCACACUGGAGAGAAACCCUACAAAUGCCUGGAAUGUGGGAAAAGCUUCAGCAUGAGUACCAAUCUCACAUCUCACCAAAGGAUCCAUACUGGGGAGAAACCAUUUAAGUGUCUGGAGUGUGGCAAGUGGUUUAGUCACAAAACAAACCUGACUUCCCAUCAGAGAACGCACACUGGGGAGAAACCUUAUCAAUGCCCGGAGUGCGGGAAGUGCUUUGGCCACAGGGCGCACCUUAGUAAUCACCAGAGGACUCACACAAGAGUCAAACCAUACCAGUGCCUGGAGUGCGGAAAGGGCUUCGGUGUGAGCACAAGUCUCCGUAAGCAUCAAAGGACCCAUCACACGGAAAAGCCACAACAGUCCAUCAGUGCAAAGAAUGUGGAAAGUUCCUCCACUGAAGCCAUACCUUCAGUAGAUGUUACAGAGGAGACAUCAUAAGUGGGCAAGGAUUAUAUUGUCAGUCCUCCACAUUUCAGGGUUUGACUUUUUGAAGAUUUGAUUCAAAAGAAGUUGACCAUAGAGUUAUGCUGGAGAAUGUAGAUAUUCUCUCAGAUUUUUUUUAAAUAAGGGGGGGGGGUGUUAAACUCUCUGUUUUUCAUUUUCCAAAGAGCCUGUGCCUCUAACUCAGGCAUAGGCAAACUAAGGCCCAAGGACUGGAUGCGUCUCCCAAUGUUCCCUGUUCUCUUGGCAUGAAGGAGGAAGGCAUGCUGUAGCUGAGAGCCCUCUGGAGUGUUCUCAGCCACUGCAUGUCUCGUCCUCCUCCCGGCAAAACGACGGUGCGCGCGGCCCUAUCCUUAUGCUGAGAGGACAGCCCGACAAAGGUACGCAGUGGCCUAGAGCCCUCUGGAGUGCUCUCAACCAUCACCUGUCUCGCCCUCCUCCUGUCAUAAUGAUGAGAGGACAGCCCAAGGAUCAGGAGAGGAGAUUGGGGCUGUCGCCCCAUGUCUCGUUUUCCUCCUGGCAUAAGGAUGGGGCAAGCAGCCCCAUCUUUGUGCCAGGAGGACAACCUGAGGAUGACCCGGGCCCUGCCCCAGCCCCUUCCAACCCCACCCUCUCACAGGCCCUCUCCCCCCCUGGGCACUUAUCUCAGGCCCUCCCAAUUUUCCCUCCCAAUGGUGGUCCACCACAUCCUUAUGCACAGAGUAUGGAGGAGGAAGGCAUGCCAUAGCUGAGAGCCCUCUGGAGUGCUCUCAGCCACUGCAUGUCUCGCCCUCCUCCCUGCAUAAGGACCGUACGAGCAGCCUUGUCCUUAUGCUGAGAGGAUGGCCUGAGGACGGCCUGGUUUAGAGCACUCUGGAGUGUUUUUGGUCAUCACCUGUCUCACCCUCCUCCCAUCAUAAUGAUGAGAGGACACCCCAAGGAUCGGGAGAGGAGAUCGGGGCUGUCGCCUCAUGUCUCAUUUUCCUCCUGGCAUAAGGAUGAGGCGAGCAUCCCUCUCCCCCCCGGGCACUUAUCUCAGGCCCUCCCAAUUUUCCCUGUUCUCGGCAUAAGGACAUGGUGGCCCACCACAUCCUUAUGCGGAGAGGAUGGAGGAGGAAGGCACGCCAUAGCUGAGAGCCCUUUGGAGCUCUCUCAGCCACUGCCUGUCUCGUCCUCCUCCUGGCAUAAGGAUAGUGUGAGCGGCCUGUCCUUAUGCUAAAAGGACAACCUGACGAAGGUACGCAGUGGCUUAGAGCCCUCUGGAAUGCUUGCAACCAUCACCUGUCUUGCCCUCCUCCAGUCAUAAUUAUGAGAGGACAGCCCAGGGAUUGGGAGAGGAGAUUGGGGCUGUUACCUCAUGUCUCGUUUUCCUCCCGGCGUAAGGGUGGGAUG